AAUGACGUAACAGGAGGUUCGAGCUUCCGGUACAGUUACCUGACAUGGCGAAGUCGUACGAUUUUUUGUUUAAGUUGCUGUUAAUAGGAGAUUCAGGUGUCGGAAAAACGUCUAUUUUGUUUAGGUUUUCCGACAAUAAGUUUGACGGCAGUUUCAUAUCCACAAUAGGAAUAGACUUCAAAAUAAAAGUGAUAGAGAUCGAUGGAAAGAAGGUGAAAUUGCAAAUAUGGGACACAGCGGGCCAGGAAAGGUUUCGAACUAUAACGACUGCCUAUUACAGGGGCGCCAUGGGUAUCAUGCUGGUGUAUGACGUUACAAAAGAGACAACCUUCGAAAACAUAAAGACUUGGAUUCGGAACACAGACGAGCAUGCUUCAGCAGAUGUGGAGAAGAUGAUAUUAGGAAACAAAUGUGACAGGAACGAUAUCAGACAGGUGUCGAAAGAAAGAGGAGAAAAGCUGGCAAUAGAACAUGGGAUAAAGUUUAUGGAGACCAGUGCAGUCUCUUCGAUUAAUGUUGAAGAGGCUUUCCGCACCAUGGCAAGGGAUAUUAAAGAAAAGAUGGAGAAGAAGUUGUUGAGUACCAUGAUGGGAGCACAUAAGGCAGCGCAAGCCCAGCCGAAACCUUCAGGGACGCAACUACGAGCUGUCGAGCCUGUGAGAAAGAGGACACGGUUCAUGUGCACAGUGCUCUGAUACCUGCUGCAAGAUAAUUAACGUGGGGCUCUCACGUCCCAGAUAAAAGAACUUUGUCUCUCAACCUCCAUCCAGGAGAAGUGGCGGAUCUCCAGGCUUCCACAUAACACGUUUUUACCUGUUGUUAAGUAAAAAGAGAUGGCGGAUGCCGAAAUGCUUUAGAGGUUCCUGCACCACAAAGUGAGUCUGCCUUACUUUCAUAGGGGACAAAAUGCAUUUGAAGACAGGAGCUCACACAAGGUACCAGGGUAAUGAUUGUGAUAAUGGCUGUGUCGUUACGAAAUAGAAAGUAUAUACGAGGAGAAGAAAGCCCCUUUGAAAUCUCUUCAUGGCAUGUGCUCGUCAUAGGGAGGGGAAUGAUGAUUUACGAUGCCUUGCAUCCGAAAGGGUGCGAUAGCUUCCUUAGACUGAAAAUGUGGAGGUCUUAUGGAAAGAAAGUGGCUGUAGCCUCACAAUCCAAAUAAAUCAUUUUUAUAUUUUGCAGUAUUUGCGCGGCAUCACACCUAGAAAUAGUUACAGCUGUUCCUUGUUGAACACUGAAUAUCGCGUGCGGACACCUUCCGACCGGUCCGAAAAAGUUGUGUUGUCACUAAAGAUGGUGCGUGUGUUUGCACAUAUAGUAGUACCUGGAAGUAAUGAAGUUUGGAUGUCUGUGUUACACAUACAUCACUCAAAAAUGCUUCUCUAAUGUUCAAUACUGGCACGAAAACAUAGGACUGAUAGACACCCUCGUUAAGUGUAGUACCAACAUUGCAAUUUAGCGAUAGUACAACGGUAUAGCAUAACAACAGCUGAGUUCUGCACUCGCAUGAGCUAGCACACGAAAUGUGCUGCAGAACACUCCGGUAUGAGCACUGUCUCAAUAUUUUUUACUUUGUCAGGUGUUGUUGGUGGUGAGCUGCUCUCCAUUUUUGUAAAAAAAAAGGAUGCGCUUUGUGUUAUAUAUGACUGGCUAAACGUUGUCUGCAUGCGACAACUGACAAGGUAAAAGCUCCACAAUGCAGGAGACACAUGUGUAAAAUGGCUUGCUUGAAGCAAUCGCAUCCGCAGUAUAUUAUAUGCCACACAUAACGUGAUGUUUGAUGGUAGUUUUGCAUCCUGGUUGGCUUGUUUGUUAUGGCUCCCUCCUCACUUUAUCAUUUUGUUGGUGCCAUAAUAAAGAGCUCAUGCUGACUAAAACAUGCACACUAUGUCGUGCAGAAUUGUAUGUAGGUCAGCAAAUGAAACAUUGAUUGCUCUACGUUGAUUUAUGAGCAUGGACGUACUUCUUGAAGAGAUUCCGUGGAGCUCCCACAACUCGUUUUUUCAUGCUCGCAUUUUAUGCAUUUUAGCGCUUUUACUUUUUUGCCCAAUACACUCUGUUGCUGUUGUGGCUCUUUUUUUUUCUUUUUUUUUUUUUUUGUGUGUGUGUCCUUGGUUUUAAAUUGCAAUUUCUUUGCCAUGGAGCGGCUUGGAGCCACGAUCUGCUAAGCCACACUGAACAAUUUCUAGAGAAAUUAAGGAUAAAUGCUGAGAAAACUUUUAGUGGCUUUCCGUGUACGAUUGUUUUCGUAACUAAAAUGCUAAUGGAAUAUGGAAUGGCAGCAGCUCUCCCUGUUUACAAACAUUAUAUGUUUUGGUAGGCAAAUGCACCUAGAAACAGUGUGAUAGCAAUGGAUUGGAACUGGGAAAACGGGGCAUUUCUACAGCCAGGAAUCCCAGAGGAGCCUGCAGAUGCUGUAUUUUCUUUAAUAUAUGUCCCUUUCUUAAUUUUGUGGCAUAGCACUUAUGUGGCCUCAGGCUCUUCAUUUGUGCUGGGGGCACCUGCAUAACAAAACAAACACUACAGCAAAAACUGAGUAUCUCUUAGUAUGCAUGUUUGACAGUUUUGUUUACUGGUCCUGCUGCACCGUGUAUUGUGUGCCAAUGUAUGCCCACAUAUGACAAAUACUGUCCCGCGGGUGGUACACCGUUUUUUUUUUUUUUCUUCUUUCCGUUGAAUGCUGCUACACAGUUUACGUUGAACACACUGUUAUAGGCUACAAGCAAUUAAUUAGCAAUCAAUCAGUUGUAUAGGAGUGGUGGUUGUUGUAUAUACAUUACAAGCUGUGAUGAUGUGAUUAAGUUCUUUCAUUUGAUUACAUAUAGAAAUACUCAUGUAUUAUGCUUUAUAGCUUCUCAUGUUGCAUAUAUUUUCCCGUGUGUACGGUUCAGAGGCUGAAAGGUAUUGCAGGGUUGGGGGUGCUUUGUUCAUUUGCAGUGUAUGUUGCAGAACUUGUUUUGCUUUUACAGAUACAGCUGUCUUCUCUCACACUUUUUUCGUUUCUUCUUCCCCCCCCCCCCUGCCCCCCUCCACACAAGUGGGAGAUACUUUUUUUGCCCCCUGAACAUUGUAUGUCCGGUAUGGAUCUGCUUGGUUGAUCUAUAUCAUCAGAGUGUUUGAAGUACUGCUGUGAGCAAUACUGACGAAAAACUGAACUUGCGUAGGUACUGUAAAUAAACAUUCCUAGUGUACGAUGACUCGGAAGUUGGAACGGAAGGUGGCUCAGAAUGUGGUGUAGCAGUGCGGAUAUCUGCAGGUUUUUAUGGACACAAGCAGUUAGGAAUAGCGGCCCGUUGCAGCAACUUCAGUGCCUUGUACAAAUGUGAUAUUUUUGCUGUGGAGCAUACGAAGCCUAGUAGUGAAAAAAGGGGGGGGGGGGAGGCUGUAGUCACCCUGCCGUGUCGCUCUCACCUGGUUCUUCAGUAUUCUGCACCACCGAGUUGUGUCCCUCGUGCAUCAGUGCUGUGUUGCACCCACUUGAUCACAAUGACAAAUUUAGCGUUAGUGCUUAGGGUCAAUCACAAGGAUGGUCACAUUCACCACAAGAAGAAACAGAGACAUUUGGGUUUCUGUGUUCAUGCAUGCACGUAUUACUAUUGACAGGAGUAGAAGUGUGCUGACUAGUUGGUGCAUGACCGCGAAGAGGACAAUAUCCGAGGCAAGGAAGAGAAACACGUAACACACACAAAAUUUCUCAAGCACCGCAAAAUUUAAUGGACGACAAACCCCUAUAUAUUCAAAAACCUCCGAAGCAAGGGAAGAGGAAUAGAGGAAGGUUAAGGGAAACCAUCCCUUUUAAUAAAACAGUUAUUUAUUUAAUUAAUAAUUUAAUUUAAAAUUUAAUAGACGACAAACCCCUAUAUAUUCAAAAACCUCUGAAGCAGGGAAGAGGAAUAAUGAAAGGUCUUUUAAUUGAAAAAUUAUUUAAUUGUAAUUAAUUAAUAAUUUAAUUCAAAAUUUUAUGGAUGACAAACCCCUAUAUAUUCAAAAAUGUCCAAAGUUGGGGAAGAGGAACAGGGGAAGGUUAAGGUAAACCUUCCCUUAUUCCUUUUCACCCAGCUUUUGAGGUUUCUGAAUAGUAUAUAGGGGUAUGUCGUCCAUUAAGUUUUGCUGCGUUUGAGAAAUUUUGUGUGUGUGUGUGUUCCUUGUUUUGGGCGUCAUCCUCUUCGCACAUAUUACUAUAUUGUGAGAAUAAUCUUGUCACGGCGAAUGCCAGCGUACAUAUCAACACAGGUGUACUACUUGACAUUUGAAGGCGUUGACAAGGGUCACCAAAUCUUGCUCUAUAUUCUAGGAGUAUGUUUAUGAAAAUUUCCGCAUAUUCUCCUAGUGAUCUUGGAGUCAAAUGUUGUCCCUUCCUACAUUCUUCCUAGAGCAGUGUGUCUACCAAACCGGAAAAUAGGGAAUUGUCAGGGAAUUUUGAUGCAACUGGAAAAGUUGGGGGGGAUUUUCGGUGACGUGGGCAACAUAUCCCUGAGUGUUUGGGGUGAAGACAAGAGGAUGAAGAAACAUACAUACAACACAUAAAUUUGUUUUUUCAUCCUUGUCUUAUGAGAUUGUGAGGGAAAAUCAGACAAGUGCCAUGACGAUGUGCAGCCAAGCCACAGCAACGCUGCUGCGAGUAGCAGUUUGCCAAUACGACAAGCUCAGAGGCAGAAAAGUAGGGCAGCCUCACUAGUACUCAGUAAAUGGGAUCUGUACCAAAACAUAGCAGCAGGCACAAAGUUCCCUUUUUGUUUUGGUCAGGGAAUUCGCUUGAAAUAGUCAGUGAAAACCUGGAAAAAUCAAGGAAUUUGAAAGCUGGAAUUUGGUAGACACCUUGUAUAGGUUUACUUACAGUAUCACCUGGCCACAAUCUGUGUGGCAGACAACGCUUAACCUCCAUCGAACACUUGUAGCUCAUGCGCUCGGAUUAGAAUCUUAAAAAAAAAGCCUUGACAUUUCGGAAAAACAGAAGUACAAACGUUGCCCUGAAAAUGUGCCAGGGAAGCAGAGACUGUGCAAGGGGAGGUUGCAACCCUAGGCUUUGUACUUGCACACGCCUCACAGUUGCAGAAGCCCAGUUUAAAUAUGACCCACUGCCAUUCAUUAAUGUCCACAGUGUUGUUAGAUACGUGCAAAUAUCGCCCGCGUUCUGAUUUGAGGAUGUUACAACUCCUCCUCCAAACCGUCUGCACCAUUCAUCAGCAAGCAUUAAGCGCACCACUCCCUCCAUCACUUGCCCCCAAGCCCCAGUGCAGAGACCAAUUGCAACGUCUAUUUGAAAUCCCGGAUUACCAAAGGGGUCUCCACGUCCUGUCAUGUGACGUGUGGAACACACCAGCCUAAAAGGAAAAUGGUAAUGUACGGUACGUGCAAGAUUGCGCUCCUGGUCCGGCAAAGUGUCUGGUGCAAGCGUUGGGGAUAUCGUAUUGUAAAAUGAAGCUAGAUGUAAGAAAUAGACAAGGUUCAAAUUCCAUAUUAGAGAACCUUCGAACUUUGAAUAAGUCUGCAAGGUAUUGAACCGAGAUUCUAUGGGUAGCCUGAGAAAAUUCUUCAUUACAAAGUUGUUGUGUUGUGCAUUCAGUGGAUCUUCACUGCCAGGCCCUGCAAUGAGCAUUUGCCUUAGGCUCUAUGCCCCUAUAGGUGCCUGCCUUUAACAAGCAAUGGGGUAAAAUAUACAAAGAAUAUUCUAAAUUAAAGAUGUCAAAAUACAAAAAUGUUGUAUCCCUAGGAUCAAAUGUAGAACCGUUUUGGAAUAGAAAUAAUCUUGCAAUAGAUUUAUAAUAUUUUGGGCAAAAUUUAUCAGCCAAGGCGACCAUUUUGCAGUGUACGUAUCUUCGUGAACUAGCACAUCAAUUUCUUGCAUUGGCUGCAGCAAGCCCCAUAGAGAAAAAAAGGAAUCACACACAGAGGCUUCAGAUAAUUACCGUCGUCCUGCAUAUGGUGAAAGAGAAUGGCUCUUUUUGACCCCACGUGUAUUCAUGUAGACCAUCACGGCAAAAGCCCACAUUGUAUUUUCGAGUAAGCGUGGUUGCGUCAGGAAGUUUAGUCAAAUUUUCACCAAGCUCGCAUCAUACAAAAUAAACGCUGGAGAAGAACUGCUGUUAAUACACUGUAACGCUGUUGUGAUUAGUAGAUUUGAACUAGUAGCCUCGGCUGAUUUGGAACUGUCUAUAUUGCAAAUGUGAGAAUUACUACUCAUCACACAUUGUGCAUACAAUGUGCAUUAGUACUGUGUCAUUCAAUCUUGCACCAGUUUUGCCAAUGGUGAAUACCACACACUUUAUAUUGCAGCUUCCUGAACUUUGUGAUGUGGUAGCACGACUGGUCUACUUUGGCAUUCACUAUGUUACAUUACAUCAGAGUGGCUUUGUACCCUUUCGAUCAGAAUAAUUUCUCACAAUUUCUCACAAGACAAUGUGUCACAGUAUUUGUUAUACACGUUCCAAAAAUGUGUGUGUUUUUCCUGUACAUUCUGGGCCACGGUAAGUCAUUGUAAUGUUGUUCUUUUUGUACUAGCCCUUGUACUUCUGAAACAAGUUCUUGAAGUUCCGCCUUGCCAUUUACCAAAUGCACAGUACAUAUGUGAACAGUAUGCUGUUGUGUCUGGCCUGUGACUUAUGUAGUGGACAUCAGAACUUUCCACUUGCAGCACUCCUUGUUAAUGUCAGAAGCACAAUACAUAUUAUGAUGGCAAAUUUACCCAUGUGCUUUGCUUUGAGUACACAAAACAGGUUUAGACAAUCAUUCCCAUCCAAGCUGAUAAAAAUCUCCCCAGCACUGUACUACAUGUAUAACUGCAGUCUUUGAUGUAUCUGGGGCUGUUAUGAAGGCUUUGUAGUCCAUUUUAAAGAAAUCAGAAAUCAACAGCAUCUUUUCCAACCAGCUAUUUAUUAUGAAUGCAAUGACAGUUUCUCCUGAAAGCACCUGUGGAACAAUGAAAAGGCAUAGUGAGACAAUAAAAAGUUUCCUAUUUU